AUGUGUGAACUAAAGUUAUAUCUGAGUUAUAUUCUGAGAACCUACCUCAGCCUUUCUUUAACACUUUUCUUUUUUGACUCUCAGCAACAGGAUCCUCUGUACGGGUAUUUUUCUGCAGUUGCCGGACAGGAUGGACAGAUCUCAGCAGACGAGCUGCAGCGUUGUCUCACCCAGUCGGGCAUCUCUGGCUCCUAUCAACCCUUCAGUCUGGACACGUGCAAACUGAUGAUCAACAUGCUGGAUCGCGACAUGUCCGGGACAAUGGGCUUUAAUGAGUUCAGGGAUCUGUGGCAGGCCCUGAACGGCUGGAAGAUGACUUUCACCUCCUUUGACCGGGACGGCAGUGGGACAGUAGAGGGCCAUGAGCUCCAGCAGGCCAUCACAUCUAUGGGUUACAAUUUGACCCCGCAGGCCAUGAACUGCAUCUUGAGGCGAUACAGCAUUCAUGGCAGAAUCCCCUUUGAUGAAUUUGUGAGCUGCUCCGUGAGACUCCGCGCCCUGACCGAUCAGUUCCGCAGGAGGGACACGGCCCAAUCUGGAAAUGCCUCAUUUCAGUACGAUGAUGUAAGUCUUCACAGCGACUAA